CGUAGUCACACUGGUAAAACCCCAAAUUGAGGCUUGAAACCCUCUCCUUCCCUGCGAGGCCUGUUUUAGCAUCGCCAUGACCGACCACAGAGACCGAGAUCGAGAUCGGGAUCGGGAUCGGGAUCGGAAACGCGUUCGCGAUGAGCGCUACCGGGACCGGAAAGAAAGAACUCCCCCUUCUCCUUCGCGUUCUUAUACGCCUGAGCGCGUCCGAUCCAGGAGAGUCCGUUCCCGGACCCGCUCCCCGUCCUCCGACCGCCACCGUCACCGGCAUCGAUCUACUUCUCGUUCGCGGUCUCCCGACCGUCACCACCGCAGCAGCAGGGGCCACCACCACCGGCACCGCACUCUCACUCCCGAAAGCCCUCCCAGGAAACGGCACAAGGAUGGGGGCGAAAAGGAUCGGGACAGGCAGAGGGACGCCUCGGAAUUCGUGGACGGAAUAGCCAAGGAGCAGAAACAGAAGCAGGAGGGGGAUGUGGAGGCCAUGGAUGAGGACGAAAUUGAGAUGAUGAAGAAAUUAGGGAUUCCAGUCGGGUUUGAUUCCACCAAGGGAAAACCUGUAGCCGGGAACGAUGUGGGCUCCGUGAGGAAGGUGACCAAAAGGCAGCCUCGUCAGUACAUGAAUAGGCGGGGCGGAUUCAAUCGUCCAUUGCCUGCUGAACUCAACCGCUAAUGCUCAGGCCAGUGUUAUUUCUUCCAUUGUAAUGCUAUUGUUUUCUUGUCUUUUCAUGAAAUCCCUUUCCAAACUUAAUGUUUGUUUUGAAUGAGAAUUUGAAAAUUAGGCUUGUUCAACUUGUCUAUAUUGAUCUGCAAUCUUGUUUUCUACUAGCAUGAAUAGCGUCCAAUGCCAAUGGAGCUAAAAUAGUCUUUUCUUGACGAUGUUUUAGCUUCGGGUAAAUAUGGAUUAAAUCAAAAUGACAAAAUGCUUCUUACAUUCGAUGAUGUUUCAAGCAGUAAAUGCAUCAAUGGUGUAAUGGAAAGUUGGAAACAACUUCGUUGCAUUUUACCUAGAGCACAUUGAGUUUGAAGUUUGAACCCUAUUUAAGAGCUUCAAGUUUGGAGUUUUUGUUCAAGAUGGCCUAUGCCGAACACGGGGCUGAUUUGGUCAGAGUAAAACAGGGAUAAGAUU